AUGGCUGAUAGGCGGCUGAACUCCGGGAGUGGGGUGACGACCUUCCACCUCAUCCAUCACUGGCUGAUGGACAUGGGAAGCUGGUCCCUGACAGGUCUGGGGGGUGGGCGCAGGUUCAGGGGUACAGACGGGGUUAAAGAUAGGACCAGGGUCUCAGUUACCAAUAGCCCCAUGAGCAGAAGGGGUGGGGGGAUUGAGGUCAGGGAGGAUCUCUGUCGGAGGAGUGAACUCCUGCCCCAACGAGAGCAGAGGAAGUGCUCCGCCAGCUGCGUGCCAUUUUUCAUCUGUCCCCCGCACCUCAACUCACCGAGCAGGAAGAGAGGACAUGGGCGUGGUCAGUCGCACUUGUUCCUGUGGAGUGUGGCGAAGUGUCCGACCAGAGGCCUCUUAAGCCGUGACCCCUACGAUUUCAAAAGAGCGUUCCAUCUCGGCUCGUUAAUCAAAGGCUGA